UCUUUCCAACAUGGCGGACGCCGACGAAAACGCUGGCGAUGGAAAGGUAGUAGAGGUAGACCAAGAUUACAGCGCUAUCGAUGGUGACAAUGAAGACGAGGGUGCACCGGAGGCUACUGAACAGGGAGGAGCAAAGAAAAAAAGCAAAAAGAAAAAGAAAAAGAAGGCUCUCAGUACAGAAGAUGAUAAAGAUGCCAGGGCACCAAAUCAGUCUGCCCAAUCAGUUGCAAAACUACAGGAGAUCCAGCGUGCUAUCGAACUCUUAGGAAUUCAACAAAAGGCAGCACCGAAAACAGAAGAGGAGGCUAAAAGAAAAAAUUAUGAAUUUUGGGACACCCAACCUGUGCCAAAAAUAGAUGAGAAAAUUGACAAGGCUAUAAAUGAGGCUGUGGAACCCAAUAGGGAUGAUGUAAGACAGGAACCUUACAGUCUACCACAGGGAUUUAUGUGGGAUAUUGUAGAUAUCAAGAAUCCUGUCAAUCUGAAUGAAUUGUACACAUUGCUGAAUGAAAACUAUGUAGAAGAUGAUGAUAAUAUGUUUAGAUUUGAUUACUCGCCUGAAUUUCUCACAUGGGCACUGUUACCACCUGGUUCUUUACCAUUCUGGCAUUGUGGUGUACGUGUUGUGUCAAACAAGAAGCUAGUUGGAUUUAUUAGUGCUAUACCUGCUAAGAUCAAAGUAUAUGACCAUGUGCAGACAAUGGUCGAAAUUAAUUUUCUCUGUGUUCAUAAGAAACUUCGAUCCAAACGAGUAGCUCCAGUGCUAAUUAGAGAAAUUACCAGAAGAGUCAAUAUGCAGAAUAUAUUUCAGGCUGUUUACACUGCAGGUGUGGUAUUACCCAAACCAGUAGCUACGUGCAAGUAUUGGCAUCGUUCUCUAAAUCCACGUAAGUUAAUAGAAGUGAAGUUCUCCCACCUAAGCAAGAACAUGACCAUGCAGCGGACAAUCAAACUUUAUAAACUUCCUGAGAAAACCAAAUUACCUAUACGACAACUACAGAAGAAGGAUGUUGCCCAAUGUUGUAAACUUUUAAAUGAUUAUCAGAAUAAUUUUUCAUUAUCGCCGUUGUUUAGUGAGGAUGAAUUUGAACAUUGGUUUUGUCCUAGAGAUGAUAUAGUAGAUGCAUAUGUUGUAGAAAGUGAAGGCGUCAUCACAGAUUUCUUUAGCUUUUACACAUUACCUUCGACCAUAAUGCAUCAUACUCAGCAUAAGAAAUUGAAAGCAGGUUAUUCAUUUUACAAUGUUAGUACGAAGACGCCGUUAAUAGACCUUAUGCAAGAUGCGCUGAUUCUUGCUAAACAGAAAGAUUUUGAUGUAUUCAAUGCGCUAGAUCUAAUGGAUAACAAGUCAUUCCUAGAGCAGUUAAAAUUUGGUGUCGGCGAUGGUAAUCUGCAGUAUUAUCUAUAUAACUGGAGAUGUCCACCAAUGGAAUCCUCUAAGGUCGGUUUAGUGCUCCAGUGAAAUAGGAAGGGAAGAUGUGAAAGCAUACUUGUCUGAACUCUUUUUCAGAAUUCUCUAUUUUUAUUAUUUUCUUUUUAUACUGUCAAGUAUCAUGUAAUCUAUCAAUGAAUUGUUGUCAAUACAAACACAAGUUCUGUAUUUUCUCGCCAGUAAGUGGUACUGUAAUAGCAUUUAUUUCAACUGGUAUUUAAUUUCACUGUUUUGAUAUUUGUUCAUAUUCACUUGGAUAUGAUUUCACAGAUUUCCUAGUGAAACAAUAAGUGCUAUUGUAAUUUUACAUGUUUAUAAAGACUUAUUUUAACGAAUUUAACUUUAUCAUCAAAAGUAGUGAUAUUAAAUCGCAGUGAAUAAUUAAUGCAUUUACAGCACGUCUCAAAAACUGUUAACUUGUGAUACUCAGAACAAAUUGUGUAUUGAUUUUAGAUUGGUAGCACAUGCAAUGUUCACACCUAACUUAAACAACAUCAUCUCUCUGCCAAGGGAAGUAAAAAAUAUUGUUAACACGUCGGCCAUUGUUGGAACUAUUACUACCGUUAAUUGAAUCAUUCAUGAUCUAAGAAAUCAGCUGGCAUGGCAAGGGAAGUAAAGCAUAGCCAGUAACCAAUGAAAUUAAUUGUGUGUUCUGUCAAAAUUGAGUCGGAAUACUGAUGCCCAUAAUGUAAUUUUAAAAUAAAUACAGGAACAAAGUAUAAUGGAUUAGGAGGGAUAGGACAGGGGAUGUUAUUACGUUGAAAUAUGCACUCCGUUCAGUUCUUGGACUUAUAGAUGUUCACCGUUAGGCAUUUCUACAGUUGGAACAGAGGAUAAUGGCGUUAACCUUAAAAGCAUUGCUUUAUUUGUAAUUCUGUCAUUGUCAGUUUGUUGUAUGUAUUAAUAUGCCCUGGAAAAAUCCUAUUUAUAGAAUGAAAUGAAACAAAUCAUGCACUUCUCAUCACUAGUUUUCUCGGUGUUGUAUAUUCAGUGUCACCUUUGUAUUGCAAAAGCUCUACAUAACCAUACCACAUAAAACAACUCUACUGUGUGUGCUGGACAAAAAAAGUUAAAUGUGAAUAUGUUUAAGUUUUUUUGUUAGGAGGUGGGGGGGGGCUGGGUUUCUGGACCUAAAGUGAUUGUGAUUCACCAUCUCAUCACUGGUUUUAUCUUGAGCUAGCAAUGUGCCAAACGGGAUACACUAAUGAUGAGAGUGGUUCACAUCAUGUUGAUUUGUAUAGUGAUGUUGUUGUACUGAAUGUAACAUGCUCGUGCAGAUGCAAAUACAAGAAAUAAACUUUGCUAGU